GUGCGGCGGGGCGGGAGGAGCAGCCGCCGGCCCGGCCCCGGCGCAGCAUGGCGAAGCACCACCGCACUCCGGCGCGCAGCCCGGAGCCCGUCAUCGAGGUCAAGAGCAAGUUUGAUGCUGAGUUUCGCCGUUUCGCCAUGAAGCGCUCCAGCAUAGGCGGCUUCCAGGAAUUCUACCAGUUGAUUCAGACCGUCCACCAGAUCCCCUCUGUGGAUGUCCUCCUCGGGUACACAGAUGUCCAUGGGGAUUUGCUUCCCAUUAACAACGACGACAAUUACCACAAAGCGCUCUCGUCUGCCAAUCCUCUGCUCCGGGUCAUCAUCCAGAAACGGGCAGAAGCUGACACCAGCGUCUUUGCCUCCAACUCGCUGCAGCGGAAGAAAAAGGGACUUCUGCGGCCGGUGCACCAGCGCGCCAAGCCACACCUGCUGAUCGGCAUGCCGCAGGAUUUCCGCCAGAUCUCUUCCAUCAUCGACGUGGACAUUCUGCCGGAGACGCACCGGCGGGUGCGGCUCCACAAGCACGGCUCCAACAAGCCCCUGGGCUUCUACAUCCGGGACGGGGUCAGCGUGCGCGUGGCCCCCCACGGGGUCGAGAAGGUGCCCGGCAUCUUCAUCUCUCGCUUGGUCAAGGGCGGGCUGGCCGAGAGCACCGGGCUGCUGGCCGUGAACGACGAGAUCCUGGAGGUCAACGGCAUCGACGUGGCGGGCAAGUCCCUGGACCAGGUCACGGACAUGAUGGUGGCCAAUAGCCAUAACCUCAUAAUCACCGUCAAGCCGGCCAACCAGCGCAACAACGUGAUCCGCAGCAGCAAGGCCUCCGGCAGCUCCGGCGUCUCCACAGACAGCACCCCCAGCCAGCAGACCCCCAGCCCGGCUUCCCAGUACCUGAGCAACUGCAGCACGGCCGAGGGCGAGAGCGACGAAGAGGGCGACCUGGUGAUCGAGAGCGACUUGCCCGCCGGUUGCCCCAACGGCGGCCUCCUCGCGAGCCUGCAGCACAGCCUCUCCCUGUACAGCUCCCAGGGCUCGCUGCCUUCCCUGAACAGUCACAGCGGCAGCGGCAGCCCGAUCCGGGGCAGCCGAGCGGGCAGCCUCCGGGAAGAUGGUACAGUCAUCACGCUAUAGCCCCGGGCGCGCCUUCUCCUCGUGCCCUGCGUCACAGCGUU